CUUCCCUCAUCCCGGGGUGUUUCUGAUGAGCCAGAAGAGAGGACUGAAUGGCGUGCCACGCUCCCGGGGAGCGAUGCCAGGGAGAAGAGUGGAGCUACAGUUUUUGCUGUUGAGUGGAGAAUGGGGAAAACACGUGCCUUAGUGCUAUAUUCUGCUCAGCCGUUCCAUGCUCCUCUGAGCUGCUGCAAGGUGCCACUUUCUGCUGCCUUUCUCCCCUUUGUUUUCUUUGGCAGCUCCCUAAGCGCUGUAUCAAAACAGCUUCAGGGGAGCCGCGCUGGCACGGUGACCCACCUCCAUACUGGUGUGCUGGCUUAAAUGCAGCGAGAAGAAACCUGGACGGAAGUCGCAUUGAAAUUGUUUAGCCUUCCGCAAAAAACACUGAGAAAGGGGACGGGAACAAUUUCAGAAAGGUUUCUUUGGAACCGAGGCCAGUAGCUGGCUUAAAAGAAAAUGAAAAAGGAGUGUGUUUCGAGGUCUUUCAAACUCAAACAAAACCCAGGCUCCCUCUCGCGUGCUGUAAGCUGGAUAAAUUUCUCCUCCUUGUCAAGGCAGACAAAGAGAUUGUUUCGCAGCGAUGGUGAGCUCUCCUCCAUGUGCCUGCAGCAGGUAGACGAGGAUGACGAGAACUGGACCUACAGGAGCCAGCAGAGAAAAGCUGUUUCCAACCUAGAUGAAGAGAGUAGAUGGACUGUGCACUACACUGCUCCGUGGCACCAGCAGGAAAAUGUGUUCCUGCCCUCCUCAAGACCACCUUGUGUGGAGGACCUGCACCGACAAGCCAAGCUGAACCUCAAGUCAGUACUGAGAGAGUGUGACAAGCUACGGCGGGAUGGCUACCGAAGCUCACAGUAUUACUCUCAGGGCCCCACCUUCUCCUCAUCCUCCAGCGCAAUCUGUGGAAGUUACCAGGAUGAUUAUGAAGAAAUUGAACAAAAGUGUCCCGUCUCUUCCCCGGAAGAAGAAAAGCUUAUUACUAUCAAAAGGCCUAAAACUCCAGUUUCAAAUGAGUUGUCAGAUAUCAACACCCAAACCAACUGGACUAAGUCACUCCCACUGCCAACGCCAGAAGAGAAAAUGCGACAACAAGCACAGGCAGUCCAAACAGAUGUGGUUCCUAUUAAUGUGACUGGGGAGAAUUUCGACCGCCAAGCCAGCAUUCGGCGGUCUCUAAUUUACACAGACACGGUGGUAAGACGGCCGAAGAAAGUCAAAAGGAGAAAGACUAUUACAGGAAUCCCUGACAACAUACAAAAGGAGCUAGCAGUUGGCACUGGCCAAAGUGAUUUCCGAGGGCAUUCCAUGUAUGUCCCAGAUCACUGUUCCACGCUAGGGAGACUAGACAGCUAUCGUUCUGCUAUGCAGCGCUCUGAAACCAAGGACACCAGUUGCCAGACGGAGGAAGUUAAAGUUGUGCCCCCUUCAAUGAGAAGAAUACGAGCGCAGAAAGGACAAGGUAUCGCAGCCCAGAUGUCUCAGUUCUCCAGCUCAUCUGGAAACAUGUCAGUGAUGAGUGAUUCUGCUGCAGUUAUAUUUGCUUCUCGCCAAAAUAGCGACAUAGGUUUUCACAGCUUGCCUCGGGCGGGUGCGAGAGUCUCUCUGCAGUCCCUAGAGCAGACACAGAGCACCUCUAGGCAGACAGAAGACAUCGCUGGCACUUUACCCCACCAGAUAAGUAAAUUGCAAAUGGAUGAUAGCGUUGUGCAUCUGAGGAAUAAUCCCACGACAGGGACGCUGUCAAGGCCAAAGUCUCAAGAGGUGAGAACCUAUGAUAGCGAAAAGUCUGCAAGUCCAGCAUGUGUGGUCUCUCCUCAUGCCACCUACUCAACGAGCAUCAUACCCAACGCAACACUGUCAUCCUCUUCAGAAGUUAUCGUUAUUCACACUGCCCAGAGUGUUGGAUCAUUGGAUAGCAAAAUUACCAGCUCCGCUGCCUACCCAAAGCCAAGGGACAAUCCUGUUGCCGGCAGUGCAGCAAGUGGGAAAGAUGAUCAUCAUUCAUCAAGCGGUAACUGGAGCGAGAGCAGCUCCACACGUCACUCACAGACUUCAGAUACCAUCCCAUCUAAUACUGUCAUGAUGCUUUCUCUUGGUGACUCUGCUGUCUCUCUGAGCACUCCUGGAAACACAGAGGCUGGGUCUCAGAGCGGGAGCUACAGCUGUAGGAACAAUCUUGCUUUACCAAACCCUUCCCAGGACAGCGAUGGUAGGAGUGAAUCUAGCUAUUCAGGGGAACGAGCACAAGCAGCAGUGAACAGCACAGAGCAUUGGCUGUACAAGUCUGCAGAAAACAGUGAGACUCCUUCACGCAAGAUGGUUUGUACCACACCAGGCUGUGCCACUCCCGGCAGCAACCUGAGCAGCAGCAGCCUGGAGAGGACUUCGGUCAGGGACGAUUCAACUUCUCUGUAUUCUGUGGACCACGAUGGUUAUUACAGUUCCAUGCAUAUGGACUCGGGAGUGAAGUCAGACAUGCCAUGCAGUAGUACUAAUGGUUUUGGGAACCCCAGAGACAGCGUGAUUAAUGUCUUUGAAGGAAAGGAGAAGAAACAUCAGGAUGACCAGUCAGGCCAAGGUGACAAAUCCCUUGCAAGAAACAUCUCUCUGAAAAAGGCAAAGAAGCCGCCUUUGCCACCAUCCAGAACAGACUCACUCAGAAGGAUGCCCAAGAAAAAAGCCCAGUCCAAUGGACAGGUACUUGAUGAAACCCUCAUUGCCACCCUCCAGCAUUCUCUGCAGUUGAAUCUCAAGUGCAAAAAUGGCAGCUCCCCUUCCCAGAGCCCCUGCAGUGACUAUGAGGAUCCCUGGGUGUUGCGCUCCCGCAGCCAGAGCUCGGUCAGUGCAAGCAGCAGCAUGAUGUCCACCACUGCUCCAAACCUGUACUCCAUCUGCACAGUCACUCCCUCUCAGAGCGAAACCAGUAGCAUCAAGUCGGAGUACGCUGACCAGUGGGGUUACUACAGCGACUAUGCCGCGGUGGCAGAUGACCAGGUUAAAUCCCCGGUGACCCAUUCUGCCAGUACAUCAUCUGCUCUCAGUGAUUACAGCAUGAGCCACUUCAGUGAUGGCUCAAGGGCUUCUGUGCCACAAGUGCCCAGUGGACUGGCCAAACCAAAGAGCACUUCUCCGGAGAAGUCCCACCGAGUCACAUCACCAUCGAGUGGGUACUCCAGCCAGUCCAAUACACCCACUGCGCUUACUCCAGUGCCUGUAUUUUUAAAAUCUGCAUCAUCAGGAAAUGGGAAAUCCAAGCUGAAGCCUAAAGUGCCUGAAAGGAAAUCCUCUCUUCUGUCUUCAGUCUCCAUGUCUUCAUCCUCCACUUCUCUUUCUUCAAAUACAUCUACUGAAGGGAGUGUGAGUGUGAAGAAACUGGACCCCACUCUGAGCUCUCCUGUGGAUUCUGGUGCACCCCCUCCACCACCACCUCUUCCAACACCUCCUCUGCAUUGCUCUGAACUUUCUCCUCCCCCUCCCCCGCCCCCUCCUCCAGCAGAAGUCAUGGAUCUGUCACCAUUGCCAGCCUCUCCCACAUUCCCCCCUCCUCCACCAGAAGCUGAAGUAAAUUCUUCCUUUGCGCAGACUGUCCCGUGGUUUCCGCAAGAAGCCUCCAUCAAUUCGUUCACUUCCCCUGUUCCUCCUCCUUCUACUUUCCCCUUAGCUGUCCCGCCACCAGCACCACCUCUUGAUCCCAAACUAACAAAAGGUGCAACAAUAUACCCACAGUAUUCCUUUAAGAAACAUAACCAGGAAGAUUCUUGCUGCAGUCCAGUGAAACAGCCACUCAACAAGCAAGAUGCAUCGAGACCUGUGAUGCCCUUAGUAACUACCAAAGCUUUGCAAAUGGUGCAGCUGAGGUCUGUGAAAAAAGCAACAGAAGGUGAACCAUCACCUGAAUCUGCUUCUGAGGCCAUCUCUCAGGAAAAGGGUACUGUGAAUGCAUCAUCGCAGUCUUCCCUAAAGCCAUCUCUCUCACUAAGACUCAGUAACAGCUUAGGUGAAGAGGAAAUGAAAACUCAAGGUACUUCAUUUAAAACCUCAGUUCAAACACUGGCUCGGGGUUCUCCUCUCAUUCUCUCUGAUAAUGUACCUGCGCUUGACAGCGAUCAAAAGCCUGCAAGUGCAGUAGGGCUAAACAAGUCUUUCGAAGCUGAUUCACUGGGGACAGCUACUGAAGACACACCUGAGUCUUCAGAGCAGAGCGAAGACCUCCAUUCUGGCAUGUCACUUCAGGGGUCACCAGCAUCCCCCAACAAGACUCAGGUUGUAUUGCCAAGCAAGAAGCCACCUCCUAUUUCAAAGAAACCCAAACUGUUCCUCGUUGUACCACCUCCACAAUUAGAUCUUACAGUGGAGAAAAUAGCUGAAGUGAGUGAUACUGUCAGAAGCACAUCAAGCCCAACUAAGAGAGACGCUGUGCUUGCACACUGCGAGGAGGCGAGAAAUUGUCUUACAGAUGGACUCAGUUCUAGCGAGAUGGACUCUGGCAGCCUGGUUCCUGAGGGAGGAGCUGCCGAAUUCACCUUCUCUGAGACAGUGGGAGCUAAUGCCUUUGUGGUACAGCCUGCUGCAUCACCAGUUCAAGAAGAACCCAGGCAGGAGGAGCAGUCCGCCUUUGAUGAAGGAAGCAGUUCAGGCAGCAGCCAAGACAGCGGCAGUAACGCUGACGGGCACCUAUCUCAAGAGAACGAAAGUGUGGAGGUGUUUGAGUCGGAUACAGCAAAUAGUGCAUUCCUGCCGAGCAAUAGUUAUGGGGAAGAGACGGACGGAGUGUCAACGCCAGCGAGACCAAGGACUACUGAGGAUCUUUUUGCAGCUAUUCACAGAUCCAAAAGGAAAGUCCUUGGCCGUAAAGAUUCUGAAGACGACCGUACCCGCAACCAUUCUCCAUCGCCCCCCGUAACUCCCACUGGUGCUUCCCCAACCUUAGCUGCCCUCAAACAAGCCGGAUCGAUUCAGAGAAGCGUUCGCAAGAGCAGCACCAGCAACGACAACUUCAAAGCCCUGCUGCUGAAGAAAGGGAGCCGCUGUGACACCAGUUCCCGCAUGUCUGCGGCAGAGAUGUUGAAGAACACGGACCCGCGGUUCCACCGGACAAAGACGGAUGCCUCCCCUGACCUUUCUGACAGCCCUGCCAGCUGCUCACCCAGCAAGAGCAAACGGGCCCAGGAAGAGUGGGCCAAGAGCGAGGGCCUGAUGCCAAGGAGCAUGUCCUUCUCUGGCACUAGGUACGGACGGUCACGAACGCCACCCUCUGCUGCCAGCAGCAAGUACAAUGUCCGCAACCGCAUCCAGAGCAGCCCCAUGACCGUCAUUAGUGAAGGAGAUGGGGAAGUGGUGGAACAGUCAGAGGGCAGGGUCCGAAGGACUUCGGAAGAGCAGCAAGAGAGGCAGCUUGAUAUGUUUAACAGCGAUGAAAUGGACAUGAGUGACUUUCCGUAUGCUGAGGAGGCAGGCUGCAAGGAGACCUUGGAUCCAACCCAUCUAGACUUAAUGAUUCAACCAGGUACUUCAAGGAAGUAUCUAAGCCCUUCAGCUGAAGAAAGUUAAAAGGCAGUGACAAAAGGCAUUGGAUAUUAGUCUAGAAAAUGACAGAGGACUAGAUUCCAGAAGAAAGCCCAGACCAGGACAAGUUCACUUUGCUGAGCAUUUAUUCCAUGAACUGCAUGUGUGUGUUUAAAUGCUGAAGCAAUGAUAGUUCUGCAUGGAUGGGUUGGGGUGGGGAGGACUUGCUUUGAAUGAGUGGUCUGUGGCUUAAAGAAAGUUAACAGUUGCAUUUUUUUGUGUAAAGCCUUAGGAGUCCUCUUGGGGGAGGGGGGAGUUUUCUCAGAGCCUGUAGGGGUGUGAAGUUUUUUCUUUUUCUUGAGACUGCAAUUGUGCAAGCGGAAUUUAGGAAUAAGCCUGACAAAGAGGAAUGGGAAGGCUCCUGUGGUACAAGCUGGGCGUUUGCUUCAAAAGCGUUGUAGUGGUGCAGCGUAGUGCAUUCGUUAAGCAGAGAGAGGCACGAUGAGGUGUGUUCACCUACGAGAAGGUUAGUGGGGUUGGUGCUGGGGUUACAUGGCUUAUUACUGGGGUAUGCCCCAGUGUUCGAAGAAGCGUGUCCCGCUGAAGCGAUUAGGCCACCAGGUUAUGAAUUGGUCCAGGGUACUUUUUCUUUUCAUUUUUUUUUUUUCCUGAGGGAAAAUGAAAUACGUAGUUCACGUGGAAAAGGGAGCCGAGUUUUAUACCACACUACUAGCUGCUGUGCAGCCACACACGCACGCUUGAUGAAACACUCGUUUCCAAGUGAACCGCUUCCUUGAGCAGAGUAUUCCCUUGGAGAACUGGAGCAACUGGAUGUGCGCGGAGGAUGCGAGCAGACAACAGAGAAGUGGGAGAGGAAUGAAGCAGUGUACUGCCAGAGUGCGGAAGGGUUACGUUUUUGAAUUAGAAAGCAAAGUUUGACUUUGAGAACUUGCACUACAGAGCUGUGGGUGGAGCCUGUCUUUCCAAAAUGAAACUUGGGAGUUGUGUUUUGCCAGAAGUCUUUCUUCCGUUUGUCAAAAUGGGAAGAUUAUUACUUUUCAUCACUUGAAAUACAGAUACUUGCUAACUUUUGGUUACCAAAGAAUAAGUUACAGUUACUUUUCCUUUUUGAUUUGCCUGCAGUAUUUCUCUUCUUUUUUAACCUUAAUAAUUUAGUGAGGUUCGUUUUUACUGUAUAUUUUACAGAUAAUAAAAACAUUUAACGGUUUUCCAAUUGUAAAGAAGACCACUAAUUAAAACUUAAAUAUUGGCUGGAGUUUUUGGUUCUUAGUAGGAAUGAAGCUUUUCAUUUUUAAGAAGAAUUUUGCAUCAUUUGAUGGCGUGCGCAGUUUUUGUAUUGUUUGUAAAUAUUGAAAGUUGUUAAAAUAUCUUUUGAUCUCCCUACCUUAGAAUUUAUACAUUUUUAGAUUGCUUUCAAGAAGAAAAAGCACUCUUUGUAGAUUAUUUAUUUUAGAGAAAUAUGCUUGUAAUCUCUUUCUUCAAUCCUUUACUUGUUAGUAAUGUAAAUUUCAGGGGCCUUUGUUUAACUCUUCCCUUCACAAGAGGGGAAUAGUGAUGAAAAUGCUGUGACUUUGCUUCAAUAAAGAAAAAGGCUGCCAGUUGCCAUAUUGUCUUUUGAGUUGAUUAAAAUCUCCUUCAAAAGAUGUGUCCUGCAGCGUAUGGCAACCCACUGAAUGCCAUAAACCAUGCAUCCAGCUACUAAUCUCCAGUUUUCAUUACAAAAUUUACUAACUGACUUUAGAGACAGCUAAAGCCUACUUACAUAAUCCAUCCCAUUUUGGCAUCUCAACGCUGAGACUAAAAAAACUGAAAUAAUCCUAAGCUUUUUCCACUAUCAUUUGGGAGUGUUUCUACUACUUCUCUCUUACUUGCCACCUGUCCCAGAAAACUAAAAUUCUUGGAGAACCAGAUUAUAAGCAGAGUGAGAAGUGAAAUGAAGCAGAGAAGGUGCAUCCCGCUGCGCUCACUGGAACAAGGGUGGGAUUAACUGGUGCACAACAAACUUUCUACCAUUUUUGCAUGCUACAUAUAUUUAAAGAACCAUUGGAUGUUUUCAGUUAAAUGAAAACCUAAUUGGAUAGAUUGUUUCAGAUAUUAUUAAUACUGAUAUGAACUGAAUAUUGUUGCAAAGAGAUGGUGCAAAACAUUCUGCAGCUGUUAAACAUCUCAUGAGUGUUGCUUUGGUGUUUCUCCCAGAGAGCUGAUCACAUGAAACACAGAGCGCUGCGUCCUUCUCACAGCAGGUAUUUUCCCUUUCCAAGCUGUGUGUAAAUGCUAACUAGUCCUCAUACCACCAUCCUGACAGGAAAAUCCUCAGGCUUUGUUUUAUUGUUUACAAAUGGGGAAAUCAUCUCAGUGAGAAAUUGCAGCGUUGGAGAAAAUUACAGUUCUGGUGUCUGCAACUUUGCAGUACUUUGCAGCAUUUUGCAUGGAGUGCCUGUAGGAGGGAGCCUGGCCCAGCUUGUUUCCCUGAUGCUGGCCAGCUGUUGCUCCCGGUUGUUUUUAUAGGCACCAUGGGGAACUCUCUGGGAAGUCCCGGCUUAUAUGUGCACCAUCUUGUCAAUGCAGGUAGGUGAGAUCAAACUGAAAGGUAGCACGGGCUUGAUCUUCUUCUCUCGCCACAGGUGUAGCCUUCGUGCUCAACUAAAACCCACAUCUGGUGUAAGGUGAGUUUGGGUCGAGGCUCAGGUUUUGGCUAGUGUGCAGCCGGCAGCGUUUAUGUAGCCCUACUCAUGUUGCUGGGCGACUACAUUUUACACAGUAUAAGAUGUAGUGAAAGAUGUUAAGUGUGCUGAAAUAUGUUUAAUAGUGCUUCUAAUGAUAUUUAUUUAGGCAACUGGUGUGGAGAUAUCACCGUAUCAUCUCCCCCUUGCCAUCAUCUUCUGUAGCAGCAUGCAGAAUUGGUUAAUAGCGAAGUUUUCUCAGCAAUACAGUCCUUGGCCCAAGUUUCCACUGCAAAACCUUAAGCCCAUGACAGCUUUAGGCUGUGUUUUCUGUACUGGCAACAACUUUGGUGUGUAUGUAAUUAUGCUGAGGAAAACAUGCUUAAUUUUCUGUCACAUGUCCAACUUUCAAAGUUGCUUUCUUCUAUUAUAAGCAUCCUCCAUAGGGAGGUUUUGCAAUUGUGGCUUUAUUGGUCAACAAGUAAAAAUUAAGUUCAGCAAACCUCUGCUAAAGACAUCCAGAGCAGUAGGAGAGGAAGAAAAAUACGCAAACUUUGGCCACGAUGGAGAGAAAAAGGAGACUGUUGUCAUCUUCAUUCUUAAUGAAUCAUACUGUUACAGUUUACAGUUGGUUUACAGUUUGCCUCUAAACCAAGAAUUUUUAUUUAAGCUAAAUAUGAGAAUAAUUUCUGGGUUUCCUUUUAUUGGGAAUGGUUUUCGGCUUCAACCUCUUCCUAAAGUUUGCUCUGCAAUAACUCAUUCUGUGCUUCCUUUGUUUUAUGUUCAGCGUUCGUUCUUACUGCUCUCAGAUGUAGGCGGCCCCAGUCCCCCUGUCCUGGUUUCGGCUGGCAUUGAGUUAAUUUUCUUAAGGCAUUUACAAGGCUUCAGUGUUUAUAUACUGGAGAGAGGAGAAUGCAUUAUCUUAAUUUAAAUGGUUAUGCAAGGAGCAAUAGCUUGGUGAGAGGAGGUUUGGAAGGUUACUGGAAAUCAGUUAAAAGAAUUGGGAAAGAAGUGGAUUUGAUGAAGACGGGGUUUUGAGGGAACCAGGACUGGGUGCUGGUUCAUGCAUAAGGCUCGGCCUGAAAGAAGGAACAAAAUAAUGGCAGAAAAGGUGAAGCAGGGAGAUUACUGAGAAGUACAGUGAAUGCACAGAGCGACAGUGUGGUAUGAGGUGGGCAGGCUAAUGCAGAUUCUUGAAAAUAAAGAAGCUUCAGCAAGUUCAGAAAAGAGGUAAAGGCAAAGGAACAAUGGGAUAGUCACACCAAGGGGAAAGAAAAAUUCUAGGCAAUGUGUUUCUUCACAAUUCAAAGGGUAUAGAAGCCCCAAGUCGGUCAAACAUGGAAAAAAAAAAGUCUUAGGAAAAAGAGCAAAAUUCUGUGAGCUUAGAGAAGUGAUAAUAGGCUGAAGUGAUGAAUGCUCUAGGAUCCUUCAGGCAACACUGGGCAGGUGGCUACAGGCUGGAGCACAACUCUUGGAAGGGUUCCGUAGAGAAAAGCCGUGCCUGAAAUCUGGAAAGAACAUGGGAUCAGGAAGAUUAAAGCUCAGAUUCAUCCUGCCCAAUUUCUACCAAAAACCCUGCAUCCAGGGAUUCCUCUGGACUGGCUACAGUUCCCCAGACACCUGUGUUCUGGUAACUAGCUAAACCUUCAGUGGAGCCAAGGGAGGCCACUUGUGCAUGCAGCACGAGGAUAAAUGUCUUCUUAAUAUUGCAAGCAAAUCUAUCUUGUCAGGUAUUGCUUGGAUCCCACAAAGUUUGGGAAAAGCCAUCUAUAGCAGCAGUCACUGCUCCAACAAAGCUGUUGCUGUAGUACAUUUAAGCAGUUCAAAAUGAUGCGUUGUUUGCUUCUGUAAGAGAAGAUUAAAAGGAUGGAUAUCAACAACUAAGUGUUAAAAAAAUUUACAGUGGCAACGAGGAAUCCUUUUAUCUAUUUUGUUUAAAAUAACUUCAGUACUCACAAAAAACGAACACAAAGCUACAAAUUACAUUAUCUAUAUCAUGUACAAAGUACAUUAUAUUAGCUUUCUGAGUUCCCCCUUGUACUUUAUUUUCUGAAUAACUUUCAGUAGUUUAUUUCUCUCAUGGUUAAGACUAGAAAAGUCUCUGACAUAAACCUGAUAAUUUUGUUGGAUCUACAGAGGUGUUACCAACUUUAAAUCAGAAUGCAGCAUUAGAAUCUUGCAGGUAAUUAGUACUUGAUCAUGACUGUGGUUAUACUGGUGUGAAUUAAUAAAUACUCAACAGAAUAAAAUAUAGAGAUGUUUGAUAAAAAGUGCUCUGUCAUAUAUUGAUCUGAAAGGCUGGAUAAAAGCCUUGAUAGUGCUUCCCCAGCAGAAUAGGUACAUUUUAUGUUGCAAAUUUAGGUCUUUGCAGUUAGGUUCUUUCACAUAAUGCACAACAAACCUUUUAAGGGCCAAUCAGUUCUUCUCCCAACAGUGCAAAUGCAAAAUAUCAUUGAUUUUUAGCAGGAAAGUGUCUCUUAAUAGUGAAUCCAAAUGCGUGUGCAUAUACAUAUGGGGGGGUAUAUACAGAAGAGAGAAAGGCCAGUCCCAAUGUACACGAGUUGCUUCUGUCUGUAGUAUACUGUUUAUUUGUGCACCAGCCUUUGGUAUAAACCCAGAAAUUUUAGCUACUGAAGGAAGAAAAAUAGUAAAAAUCUGUGAGGCCAUGUAGGUUGCAGAAGUUCCUGCAUAUUCCCUACCACUUGGAAAAAAAUAGUAAAAACUUAAGUUCUGUGUUUAGAUGGUAAAAACUAAUUUGUCAAAAAAAAAACAAAUUACAAAAAAUAAUUAGAUAAAAUCUGAAAACAAACAAGAUGUCCUAUCUGCUAUCUGAAGAAGUGGCAGUAUUUAAGAAUUGCUUAACUCCCAUGUUCUUGUACAUCUCGGUAGUAAAGUAGUAUCUUCUUUAAAAGUCAGUCAAAUAUAUAUUGUAAGCUCCUGAAGGCAGGAAUUUGUGUGUCCGUUCUAUUGCAACCCAGUGUGGAAAGAGUGUCAGAAACUCAGCUAGUAAUUUCAUUUGCGAAAAGUGAACUGAUUUCUCGGCCAGUUUAAAAGUGGGGAAAGAGCAUUACAGUGCCCAACAGCAUUCAGUUGAGAAGCUGCCCUAGUGGAGUCUGAAAGACAGUCCCGUCCUCCUCUCCUCGACUGGGAUGUUGUAAUGCACUGCCUGAAAAACGGUGACUGUUGUAAAGUACUGUGCCAGCUGCAGGGUAGUCAAAAGGAGUAAAAAAACCAGAGCAAAGCCCAGAUUUAUAUAGUCGGUACAGCAGUCACAAGCUAGGGAGGGAUAAUGUCUUGAAUAUUUUUACAGAGUCCUAACAAUAUAAAGCAAAAGUACGUUUCAUAAAGGAGAUCCUAAGACAACAAAAACGUGUGCCCCAGGGAGGAUGUGGGUGGCAGCAGAGGUCAUACAGUUGCACAGAAGUCAAAGUGUGGCUGUGGGGUAGCUCAGAGCCACUGGCAAGCCACGGCCAUGACAUGCAGCACCAAACCGCCAGCGAUCCCAGAUGAGACUGGCAUUUUCCCAUAGGCAGCACACUUGAUCUUUUAGGGCAAAAGUCUGUUAUCCAGGAUCAACCAAACUUAAAUUCUACAGAAAGGGCUCUGUGAUGUGAUGCACGGGGGGAGGGGGGGGAAGUGUACCUCAAUGUAAUAUUUUAACAUGGAACGUUGUUAAGACUGUUUUUCUUCAUUUACCGAUGCAGCUUUUUGCAGAAUUUGUCAGAAUUGAAGCUUGUGACAUGUGGGGAUAUGAAAAGCAGUUGACACGUUAUUUUUGUGAGUUUAAAAAAAUCACCAGCACUACUUUGUUUCUAGACUGUUAAGUACAACCCCAAGCAAGCAAGACUGUGUAAAAUAAAAGCUUUUUCUAAAGUGCAGCUCUGAAGCUGCAACAAAUUGGUCAUCUAAUACAUGGGAUGAGUUUCAUGCAUGAUGUCAUAACCUCUGUAGACUCAGGUUUGAUUUUGGGAACAAAGAAUCUCAAAAAUUACUUUGUGCCAUGAACAUGCUCUGUCUCAAAUGAUCACCCGUGUCUGGAAAAUUUUAGUAACCUCUUAGAAGAGAAACUGUUAGUCCGUGUUAGAAGUUAUCUAAAAUACUUGCUGCAAAAAGAGGGAAAAAAGUAUCUUGAUAAUAAACUGAAACUGCCUUUUUCAAAAGUCA